ACUGAAAAAUUACGUUGAGACAUGUUGUUAGUUGUGUGUCAUUCAAGUAAUCUGCAGUAGCUAAUUUGUUUUGUGUGUUAAGAAUAAGUUAUUGCGAAACCUUGAACAAGCCAGAGCAGUUGAAAUAUCUGAUCAUGCAACAACAUGUCAUCCAAAUAAAUGCAGAUUCAAGUGGCUUUUUUGUUUUGUUCUCCCAUAUGGCUACAUUGGUGGCGUUUCUGAGAUUAUUUGCACUGCUGUAGCCUCAAGGAUGCGCUGGUAUUAUGUAAGAGAACAAACCUAACCUUCCCACACAAGCUGAUCCACCUGGACGCAACACAACGCACACACCUUGCCUGCCCUGAGCUCAAUCACUACAGAAAUGCAUUCGCCAGGCGUGUGCAUGACCAUCAUGAAUGCACGUCACCACGGAGAUGGUUACGGGACCGUCAACAACCCCGAAGCAUUUUUCAAACAAGACUACCGAAGUUUGAAAGAGUAUUGUGUCAAUCGGCAACUACGCUACAUCGAUGAAAUGUUCCCCCCCGACAGAAGAUCCAUUGGCAACGAUGUACUAAACCCCUCUGACCUGCAAAAAGUGGAAUGGCACAGACCAGGGAAAUUGGUUCCCAAUCCAUGUUUUGUUGUUGAUGGCAUCUCGAGGUUUGACUUCGGUCAAGGCGCUGUUGGUAACUGCUGGUUUCUUGCAUCUCUGGGUGCACUGACAUUCCAGAGAGUUAUCUUUGAGUAUGUUGUUCCUCUUGAGCAAAACUUUGUUAAGGACUACUGUGGACUGUUUCACUUUCGGUUCUGGAGAUUUGGCAGAUGGGUAGACGUUGUCAUUGAUGACAAGCUCCCAACAAUCAAUGGCAGACUCGUUUUUGUGAACUCCAGAGACCCAACAGAGUUUUGGCCCGCCUUGUUGGAGAAAGCUUAUGCUAAAGUAUGUGGUUCCUAUUCAGACAUGAGUUCUGGAACACCCAAUGAGGCGUUGGUGGACUUCACAGGUGGUGUUCACAUUUCUAUCACGCUGUCAGAGCCUCCCCCGGACCUUUGGGAGCUUAUGUGCAGAGCCAGACAAUUCAAGUCACUGAUGGGAUGUGGCACUCCUCAAGGGGCAACAUCGGCCAACACUGUUUUGCCAAAUGGAUUGGUCCAAGGCCAUGCCUACACCAUCACAGGGGUCAAACAGAUGAUGAGUCGCGGGCAAGCAGUAAACCUGGUGCGUUUGUUAAACCCUUGGGGCAGGGGAGAGUGGAAUGGAAACUGGAGUGAUCGGUCACCUUUGUGGGAAACUGUGAGCCCACAAGAUCGAGCUCUGUGCCUUUCUGUGGUUGACAAUGGGGAGUUUUGGAUGAGCCUGGAAGAAUUUUGUGGAUUUUAUAGUGAUCUUGACAUCUGCUGUAUAUGUCCCGACUUCCUUGAUGAAAACCCGUCCUGCCAUUGGAAGACGUGUUUCUUUGAAGGCAGAUGGCUUGCUGGGAAAACAGCUGGAGGAUGCAUGAAUAACAUUGAGCAGCGCUUCUGGACUAAUCCACAGUAUCGAGCCAAGAUUGACUGUGAAUGUGCUUCCAAACAAGGGGGAAAAAACAUGCUGGUGUCUCUCAUGCAAAAGCCAGACAAAAGAAACAGAGCCCUGGUCAAGAAUCUCCACAUUGGAUUCUCAGUAUUCAAGGUGCCUGAAGAAUUGAAGGCACAUAGAGGGAAGUUUCCAGCAUCUUUCUUCAGCAGAAACAUACCUGUUGUACAGACUAAAAACUACUUAAACGCUCGUGAGGUAAUGGAGCUCGUUAUGUUAGAGCCCGGGGAAUACCUGAUUGUACCAUCAACUUUCAAGCCCAACGAGACUGCCUCCUUCAUCCUGACCAUCCUCUCCAAGGCAAAGGCCCACAUCCAUGAGACUUCUGGUGGGCAAAACUAUGGACAUAAAGAAAUUGAAGAGUCCAGAGCAGCUGACGAUGAUAAGAGAAUAUUGUUCCGGCAAUUAUUUGACAAGUAUGAUGAAGUGGAUGCCGAGCUGCUUCAAAAGCUGCUUAAUGACCAAAUCUUGAAAGGAGACUUGAAAACUGGGGGCUUCAGUAUUGAUGCAUGCCGCAGCAUGAUUGUUAUGAUGAGUACAACUGUCAACGGCAAACUGAAUGCUGGGGAACUAUAUAAUUUGUGGAAGAAGGCUGUCACAUACAAGGAUAUUUUCUUACGUACUGAUGUCUCAGCAAAUGGAACACUUUCACACAAUGAGCUGAGGAAUGCUGCCUUUGCUUUAGGAGUAAGGGUCAGUGACAACAUGUUAAAUAUGUUGGCUGUGCGCUAUGGGAAUUCCUCUGAACAUGUAACACUGGAGAACUUCAUCAGUCUAGCUCUGCGCCUUGUGUGUAUGAAAAAAAUCUUCAAACGUUUUUCUGAUGGAAUGACACUGACGCUUCCUGAAUCUGAGUGGAUGCAAAUUUCGAUGUGUACCUGAAGAGGAAGAUGAUGUGAGAAGAAAACCAAGGCAUAUUGUGAUUGUUAUCAAACAAAGAACAGUGGAAGUAUUUGCUCUAACCAGUCAUUCACCAUGGUGCCAUAACUACGAUAUAUAUUACUAAAUUAACUACUUGUUAAAUGCAAAAUUGUCCUCAAUCGUGAAUAAACAUGCCUUAACAAAUAAGUGUAGCUAUUUUCUUGACAAACUGGUAGAUUAUUUGGAUUAUAGAAAAAUACAUGUGCAGAAUUAUUAGGCAAGUACGGGGUCUCUCUUCUCUCAUUUUUGAGUAUUAUUUUUAUUAAUCUCCAACCACAGUGCUUUAGGUUAAUCAAAAUUGUUAAUAAACCUCAAACAAUAUUUAAGAAAGUAAAAGUAAGGUUUAGGCUUUUUAUUAGGCAAGGUCUGCAGAAUUAUAACACAAUUAAAUAAAAAACAUGUUCGACCACCGUUCCGCAAUAAUAAUAAUAAUAAUAAUAAUAAUGUGGCGGCACGGUGGAGGACUGGUAAGAGCGUCAGCCUCACAGUUCUGAGGACCCGGGUUCAAUCCCCGGCCCCGCCUGUGUGGAGUUUGCAUGUUCUCCCCGUGCCUGCGUGGGUUUUCUCCGGGCACGCCGGUUUCCUCCCACAUCCCAAAAACAUGCAUGAAUUUGAGACUCUAAAUUGCCCGUAGGCAUGACUGUGAGUGCGAAUGGUUGUUUGUUCCUAUGUGCCCUGCGAUUGGCUGGCAACCAGUUCAGGGUGUACCCCACCUCCUGCCCGAUGACAGCUGGGAUAGGCUCCAGCACGCCCGCGACCCUAGUGAGGAGAAGCGGCUCAGAAAAUGGAUGGAUGGAUGGAUAAUAGUGUGGCACGGUGGACGACUGGUUAGAGCGUCUGCCUCACAGUUCUGAGGACUGGGUUUCAAUCCCCGGCCCCGCCAGUGUGGAGUUUGCAUGUUCUCCCCGUGCCUGCGUGGGUUUUCUCCGGGAACUCCGGUUUCCAUCCCCAAAACAUGCAUGCUAGGUUAAUUCAAGACUCUCUGUUGGUGUGAAUGUGAGUGCAAAAGUUUGUUUGUUUAUAUGUGCCCUGCGAUUGGCUGGCAACCAUUUUUCUGAGCACUCAAGGUCGGCUUACAAAACUGAUAAAAACAACAUCACACCAAAUGCAGUGGAUAAAUACAGAUAAAAAUGGAAUGUAACAGAAACUGUAGAUAACAGUGGCACUUUUUGACAAAUAAGAUUUUGAUCUCUUCGCCUAACUUUCUUGCUGGCUAUUUAAUCUGUGAAUGAGUCACCGGAAUAUAUAAAG